CCCCUGCAGGACGCGGAGCUGGCUUUGGCCGGCAUCAACAUGCUGCUCAACAACGGCUUUAGGGAGUCGGACCAGCUUUUCAAACAAUACAGAAAUCAUAGCCCAUUAAUGAGUUUCGGAGCCAGCUUUGUCAGUUUUUUGAAUGCCAUGAUGACAUUUGAAGAAGAAAAGAUGCAGUUGGCAUGUGAUGACUUGAAAACAACGGAAAAGCUGUGUGAAAGUGAAGAGGCUGGAGUAAUUGAAACAAUCAAGAAUAAAAUUAAGAAGAAUGUUGAUGUCCGAAAAUCUGCCCCCUCUAUGGUUGAUCGGUUACAGAGGCAGAUAAUCAUAGCUGAUUGUCAAGUUUACCUGGCUGUGCUUUCAUUUGUAAAACAAGAAUUGUCAGCAUAUAUUAAAGGUGGGUGGAUCCUCAGGAAAGCCUGGAAGAUUUAUAAUAAAUGCUAUUUGGACAUCAAUGCCCUUCAGGAGCUGUAUCAGAAGAAGCUAACUGAAGAACCCUUGACUUCUGACGCUGCAAAUGAUAAUCACAUUGUGGCUGAAGGGGUGUCUGAGGAGUCUCUAAACAGACUGAAAGGUGCUGUUAGCUUUGGAUAUGGCCUUUUUCACCUUUGCAUAUCCAUGGUGCCCCCAAACCUGCUCAAAAUCAUCAACCUGCUGGGUUUUCCUGGAGACCGCCUACAGGGGCUUUCUUCACUGAUGUAUGCAAGCGAAAGUAAGGACAUGAAGGCCCCUUUAGCUACAUUAGCUUUACUCUGGUAUCACACAGUAGUCCGCCCAUUUUUUGCCCUGGAUGGCAGUGAUAACAAAGCAGGCCUGGAUGAAGCUAAGGAAAUUCUUCUCAAAAAAGAAGCUGCAUAUCCCAAUUCUUCCCUCUUUAUGUUUUUCAAGGGACGGAUACAACGAUUAGAGUGUCAAAUCAACAGUGCCUUGACCUCCUUCCACACUGCUUUGGAACUUGCAGUUGAUCAGAGGGAGAUUCAGCAUGUCUGUCUGUAUGAAAUUGGUUGGUGCAGCAUGAUUGAGCUCAAUUUCAAGGAUGCAUUUGAUUCCUUUGAGAGGCUGAAAAAUGAGUCCAGGUGGUCCCAGUGCUACUACGCCUACCUGACGGCAGUUUGUCAGGGAGCCACCGGUGAUGUGGAUGGGGCACAGAUUGUCUUUAAAGAAGUUCAGAAACUUUUCAAAAGGAAAAAUAAUCAAAUUGAACAGUUCUCAGUGAAAAAGGCAGAGAGAUUUCGGAAACAGACCCCCACCAAAGCACUCUGUGUGUUGGCGUCCAUCGAAGUCUUAUACUUGUGGAAAGCCCUCCCUAACUGUUCCCUCCCCAACCUACAGAGGAUGAGUCAAGCUUGCCAUGAAGUGGAUGAUUCAUCUGUUGUUGGAUUAAAGUAUUUGCUCCUUGGUGCCAUACACAAAUGUCUAGGAAACUCAGAAGAUGCUGUUCAGUUCUUCCAGCGAGCUGUUAAAGAUGAGUUGUGUCGUCAGAAUAACUUAUAUGUUCAGCCGUAUGCUUGUUAUGAACUUGGCUGUCUUCUAUUAGACAAACCAGAGACUGUAGGAAGAGGCAGAACUCUACUUCUUCAAGCAAAGGAGGAUUUCUCGGGCUACGACUUUGAGAACAGAUUGCAUGUCCGCAUCCAUGCUGCUCUGGCCUCUCUGAGGGAACUGGUUCCUCAGUGACAGCUCUGGAGUACAGUCUGUCCCUUUCCACCCAGGGUUCGCACUUUAAAAUAAAAGCAGAAGACAAAGCUCUUGUGAAGAUCUGCUCUUCUUCUGAAAACCACCUGUGCCAGAGACACAUUUUCCCAGUUAAGCUGACAUAUUAAAGAUCUCUUUUAAACAUAUAUCUUAAAAGUAAUACUGACAAAGAUGAUGAUAAUAAUAACUAACCACUUGGGGAGAGGGUUAAGUGACCUUGUUCAAACAUUUUAGUUUUGUGAUUUAUUAUUUUUAAAAUAAAAUCAAACUAAAUAUUCAACCUGUGGUCUUUUAGGAACACCUACCUUCAGCACGUAUCUCAAUGGGUAACAUAAGAGGUAACUGUAAAAUUAUUAACAAUAUCAUGAUAUAGCAUUUAUAUUGUGUUUUGAAAAAAAUAAAAGCGCUUUCUAGUGUUUUAUUUUAUCCUCAAAAUAUUUUUGUGAAUAAUGUAGCAGAGAUAUUCUUAUUCCUAUUUUACAGACAAUGAAACUCAGGCACAGAAAGGCUAGAUGAUUUAUCCCAGCUAAUUAUUCCUGUUAUCAGUGGAGCAAUGGGUAGAAAGUAGAUCUCCUGACCAUCAACUGAAUAUUCUUUUAUUGUUAAGAAAAAAUACAUAUUAACAACCAGAAUUUGUGUUUUGCUUAUUAAAGAAACAAGCGCUUUUCAGCUGAAGUGGUGUCAUCAAAAAUACUUAACCAGAUUGUUCAUUGCAUAUUUCAACAUAUAAUGAAUACUUUUUUUUCCCUUUAGCCAAACAAGUAGGAGCAAAGUGAAGAUAAUUUUACAACCAAAAGUUUAACUGCUUGGCCAAUCUACUAGAAAGCCUACUCUAGCUUUUGUAAUACCCACACUUGAGGAAUUUUUCUUUGUGAAAAUUGUCCAAUUACCAGCAUUGGGAAACCUUUUAACAAAUUACUAGAGAAGAUUAUUCUUGAAUGAAUGUAGGUUUUUACUGAAAAUAUCUGAUGGUAAAGCAUAUGCUGGGCUAUAUAUUGCCAGGAUUGAAUUAUUUUCCCAUUAACUCAGGUUAUUAGAUAUUAUAAAAUGAAUUCAAAAGUUGUUUUUUAAUUCAUUUUGCUAAUUCCUUUUUUCUAAUUUUAUUCUCACUUAAUGUACCUUCAUGCCCAGUACUACGCCCCUGUAGUUUUGAAGAAUCUAAAUACCUCGAUUACUUUUAAGAAUCUCUGCCACAAUUUGGCUAAAUCUUAAGGUUAGAUUUUUUAAAAAUUCAUAUUAAUCUAAAGGGUAUCUUUUUAGAGGAUCAUUUAUUUACCUAUCCUUUUGACUGAAGCAUGAUGUCAUUAUUUUAUUAUUUCUUUUCUAAAUAAAACAUGGGGAAAGCAGCUACAAUAUUGGAAAAUUUAAUCUGACUUAAUUUCAUUUUGAGGAAAUGACAAUUCCUUUGAAAGGAAUUAUUAUUAUUCCUCAGGGACUUUGGCUAAACUGCUCAUGUUUCGUCACACAUGUUACUGCUCACUUUUUAGUGAACUGUUUCUAAAGUGUUUAUUCACAUGGAUUUUUUUUUUCCUGAUGUGAAUCUAUGUGGGUUUUAGAAAGAGAGAAAAGAUUGCUAUCCUUUGUUUAGUAAAUGAGCACAUACAGGAGCCAAAAAAAGAAAAUUUUUCUGAAGAGAAAAGUUAGUGUCCAAAAAUAUCCAAUAUGUGAUUUUAUCUGGACUGAAAGAAAGAACAUUAUGAUCUUUAAAAUACAGCUAGUGCCAUUUUGUCCUUUUCUUAAUCUAUAGAUAUGUGGCAAACUUGUUUGUUACAAUUGUGAAGUAUUCUGAGUCAUGAAGUUCUUGCUUUAGAAUUCAUUCUCACUUGAAUUU